AUGCCUGUUCGUCUCAGCUUUGGCACCUUCCGCUCCCUCUUCAACAGUCAGCGGGCCGCGAGGCUCGCGUUCGUGACUGAAUCCCAGAGAAUCGCGCUUACAGCUCUCUGGGCUCAGAAAGAGAAAGUUACAGACAAACUUCCGACCGCGAGUGGCAUGCUCCUACACGAUGCCAUCCAUAAAUCCGAUUCGGAUUCCCGACCGCACUGUACCAUAGAUAUCUUCGACGUGAACAACGUGCCCAUCGGGACAGCCCAUGUCUUUGAAGAUACCAAUGAGGAUAUUGAAGUCUUCACUGAACCGAGGACUGGCGCUGUGAAAGAUUGGAACAAAGCUCAGCAGAUAGGAAAUUGA